ACCCCAUUCUAGUGUCUGCCUCACAUUCUUUCAAGUCUAUCCAGGAGAGGAGAGUCUCGGCAUCCAUGGACUCUGACUUAACAACAUCAUCAAAUAACCCUAAAUAUGUCUACUUAUUCCAGAGAGAAUAUGCUACUGUUGAUCCUGCGCUUGUCCAUAUCUCAAUAUUCCUGCUGCUUCACAUAAAAGUCAGUUGUAAUUUUGAAGCAAAUCGUUCAUGUUUUCUUGUUUCUAAUAACAUUGUAAUAUGACAUUUAGUGGACAAAUAUAUCCCCAGGUUCUGACCUGUGAUGUUCAACCUGCAAUGUUAAGCCUCAGUAUUAGCCAAUUACUUUUCUUGCAUCAGUUGGGAGUUAAAUGUCAUGGUGAGGGUAAAGGUUAUCAAUUUGCUUGUAUAUUUCAGCUGGAAGGGAAAAUUGGUAUCUGAAGACUUGAAGAACUGAUGGCAAUCUCAUUUAUUGUAUUUUAUUUCAAGUGGUCUUCUGAAUAUCCUGUGGGCUGUUUAAUAUGUUUAAAGAUAAUGAUUAGCAAAUGAGACACUAUGAUCUUUGGUCAUUGUUUUUCAUUUUGCUAACGUAGCAUGGAUCUCCACUCCCUUUUCCAAAAUCCAACUGAACAAACCCUUUUCACUGUUAUUUUGUGGACUUGAUCUUGAAUGCUCCUUAUCUCAGAUUGUAAAUGUAUGAUUCCUUCAAGAGCUUUGUGCCUUUUCUAGGCGUGGAAUUUCUGUUUGAUUUUGGACAUAUUUAUAAUACAUGUUUUGCCUUGAUUCACCACACCUCUCUUUUUCUUGAUUCUAUGGUUAUAUUGAAUGCCUUCACCUUAUUUCCUUCCUUGCAUAAAAAGUACGUUGGCACUGAUGAAGCAACAACAUGUGUGGGUCUUGUCAUUCGGAACCGGGAAAAUGGGAUGACCUCUGUUGCCCAUAUGGAUUCUCCAAAAUUUGUAGAUAUUGGCAUCAUCCAGAUGUUAUCACUAGUUGUUGAUCACAAUUCUCAUGUUGAUUUGGAUGUGCAUCUAGUUGGUGGUUUUGAAGAUGUUUCACCAAAUCAUGCUAAAGGCACCCAUCAACCAGAGGGAAAUGCAAGAAUGGAUGGUUUUUCCUUUCCUUUGUGUACAAAAAUGGUUGAAACUUUGCAGAAGAGACAGGAAAAUUUUCACGUUCAGACACUCUGUGUUCUUGGUCAUAACACCAAAACGGAUUCUCAAGGAAAUGCAUAUCCCAUUUUUAGUGGGUUCCUGGUAGAAUGUUCUACUGGAUCCCUCAUCCCUGCCAGCUUCGAUAGAAAUUCGCAAUGUCCAGAUGAAAUUGUCCGGAGACUUCGAGUCUCUGCUUCAUAUGAAGACCCCAGUUGGCAUAGGAAAUUACUGGAUACUUAUGACACUAAAACUGACCGAUUCAUUAUUGCUCCUUGCAGUUGGACCAUACGCCUAGUACAAAUUGCUUUGUCACUGCAAAAUCUUUCUGAUUCUGAAAUCCUUUCUACUUGCUCUACUUCACCUUCUGCUGAGGGUCCAGACUUUGUGGAUAAUGAAAGAAGGGUGUGGAACUAUUUGAUUAAACAUCCAGACUGGAAAAAAACUUUUCCCUUGAGGCAACCGCAUGUCUUUGAGAGGACCGCUGAUGGAGGCUGGAAACGUGCUGAUUCUCAGCACCAGGAUAAGGAUAUUGGUUACGAAUCAUAGUCCAUAAUGCAAACAACAUUGAAGGUUCCACUUAGUUUAUGUAGCCUACUAGUCUAUGCAAGCUUCUUUUUCUGCCGUAUACAUCAUUGAGUUAUGCCAGGCCCCCAUGAGCACAUCUCUAUGGACAAUGUUAUCAGCUUAAGUCUGAGAGACAUAGCUUCAAGAGACGACAUGUAAAUAACUGGCAACAUGGAAGCAGGGUUAGAAACUGAGGCUAUAUUCCGAUAAUUGUAUUGUCAAUUGUUUCAAACACUGGUGUCAUGCUUUUGCUACUGUAGCCAUUGAUCACCACUCCCAUUUUAAGCAUCUCCACCUCCCUAAAAAAAUUGUGGAGACAUCCAUGCUUGAAUUGAGGAAAUGCUUGAUUUUGUGUACUGACAUAUUAUCUCUGUAAUAUUAUAUAAAAUUAUUUCAAAGUGACUACACAGAGAGCAAUGGAAGUGACCAGCACGGCAUAACAACAGUGAAAAUAGCAAGAUUCGUAGCUUUGUUUUACACUUUUGAUUGUCACUAAACUUCACUGUGAUUAAUGGUCUAAACAUGUAUUAGGAAAUCUACUAUCUCGCUAUACAUGAUGAGGAUAGCGAGCUUCUGUUGUUUCUUAAUCUAUAUAUAAGAGUCUUGAGAAACCAUUUGAGGCA